CCAAGAUCGCCAUUGGUACAGGAAGAGGCUCGGGUGCGACGUCGUCACUUGCCAAUAUCCGACGACCAGUAGCCAUGCACAGCAGCCUCUUCACGUCCGUUCUCCUCGCCGCCUCGGCGCAGGCCGCCCACGUCCACCUCCGCGACAUCAAGGCGGCGCAGGUCGACGUCUGGAACCAGUGCGGUGGCAAGGAGUACCGCGGCGACACGGCGUGCACAAGCGGCAACUACUGCAAGGUCAUCAACGAGUGGUACUCGCAGUGCCAGCCCGGCGGUCAGAGCGAGGUUGGCCUCUGGGGCCAGUGCGGCGGCAAGAACUACAACGGCGCGACCAAGUGCUCGGGCGGCAACACGUGCAAGGUCUGGAACGAGUGGAACUCGCAGUGCGUGCCGAGCAACGACCAGCCCGCGACCGCGCCGCUCAACUGGGCGCAGGUCGACGGCGUCUGCUACAACAAGGUCGAGGGCGACAAGGACACGACGACGAGCGGCAUCUCGUCGUACGAAGCGUGCAUCAACGAGGCCGACAAGCGCGGCAAGCUGUACGCCAACUGGAAGGACAACCAAUGCACGGUGCUCUCGACUGUCUACUCGUACACGCAGGACAAGGGGUGCAAGGGCGCGGCCAAGUACAACCUCGACAAGUACACGUGUGCCGGCAACACGGACUUUUACGGUAGCGACAUUGGCCAGGCGCAGACGCGCUUCGACCGGUGCCUCGACGAGUGCGACUACUACGAGUCGGGCGGCCACAAGUGCAACGCGUUCAUGUGGGUGCGCAACCCCGGCAGCGAGUUUGGCGUCUGCUACUUCAAGUCGUUUGACGACUUUAACCGCAAGCCGUCGACGAGCUGGCUCGGCGGCAUCUCGUGCAAGCGCAACCCCAAGUACAUGCAGCACUAAGAUACCAACCACCGCCUUGUGUUGUUCGUUGUCAUUGCAAUUGUGUUCGCCGUCAGAGAUCUUGCACUCUCUCGCGCACCUUGGUAGUCCCAUCGCGGCUUUUGACGCGGGUGAAACACGUUCAACAGGCAGUUAGUUGGAUCAGGUGUAGGAUUGCUGUGCCUGGUGCUGCCACGUCAUCCGGAUAAUGUUUGCACUGAUCAAGAG